AUGAAGUUUUCUCUACAAAUCCUCGUCCUGCUUACUGCCGCAAUAUGGAGUCAUGGUGCCGCCGGCGAGCAGGAAGCAUGGCAGGACGACCAAGAUGAUCUCGCCGAAGCCUGUCCAGACUACACGGAAUACGCAGCACGGAAACACCCUCCGUACAGCGAGGGGCCCCUUAAGCUUCCCUUCCAGCGGCCUGCCAGUGUCUGUCGGACUUUCACCUCACCGUACGUCGAGAAAGUGAUUGAAGACAUUACCACUCGAAUGGUCGAUAAGGACCUCGCCCGGAUAUUCCAAAACGCAUUUCCCAAUACAUUAGAUACGACGGUACGCUGGCAUGUUAAUGGCAGCGAACCGACAAAGAAAUCAAAGAAAAAGAAGAGCGUCGCGCCUGCAGCCUGGGAAGGUCCGCAAUCAUUUAUCGUGACAGGAGAUAUCAAUGCAGAGUGGCUCCGGGACUCCACAAACCAGCUAGCACAAUACCAGGUACUGUCGAAGAAGGAUCCCAACAUCAAGAACUUGAUCCUUGGGGCUAUAAACACCCAGGCGGAAUUUGUUAUUCAAUCUCCAUAUUGCAAUGCUUUCCAGCCGCCACCUCCCAGCAAAUUGCCUCCAACAAGCAACGGCCAAGACGACACAGUACAUCCGGCUUAUGAACCAUCUGUCGUUUUUGAAUGUAAAUAUGAACUUGACUCUCUCGCGAACUUCUUGUCGCUUGGAAAUCAGUUCUAUGAAAAUAGCGGAUCCGACGCCUUUAUCACGCAGAGAUGGUACCAAGCCUUGGAUACUGUGCUGAAGGUGGUCGAAGCGCAGUCUCAGUCCACAUUCGAUGAAUCUGGGAGAUAUGUGGGCAACGAAUACACCUUUCAACGAACGACUAAUGCUGGCACGGAGACGCUGAAUCUACGUGGGAUUGGAAACCCAUUGAACAGCGAGACAGGCUUAGUCCGUAGUGCUUUUCGCCCUAGUGACGAUGCGAGUAUCAUGGGGUUCUUCAUUCCCGCUAAUGCGAUGAUGUCCGUGGAAUUAAAACGGACUGCGGACACUCUUCAAAAGGCUGGUGGAAAGACUGACUUGAUUGACCAACUUCGUCGGUUAUCUAAAAGGAUUGAACAAGGUGUCUGGGAGCAUGGAGUGGUCAAGCACAAAACUUAUGGCGACGUGUUUGCCUUUGAAGUCGAUGGCUAUGGCUCCCACAUUUUGAUGGACGAUGCGAAUCUCCCGUCGUUACUCUCCCUUCCGCUACUCGGAUUCCUUGAUCAAAAUGACAAAAUAUACCAGAAUACGCGAAAGAUGAUCUUGUCAAAGAACGGGAACCCCUACUACCUGACGGGAUCUGCUUUCCAUGGGAUCGGUGGUCCGCAUAUUGGUGUCCAAAACGCCUGGCCUAUGUCUGUCCUUGUACGUGCUCGUACAGCCGACAAUGACGAAGAAAUCACAGAGUCCAUCAAUAUGGUCCGUGAUUCCAGCCUUUUGGGUCUCAUCCAUGAAAGUGUGAACGUGAACCGCAUCAGCCAGUAUACUCGCAGCUGGUUUGCUUGGGCCAACAGUGUUUUUGCACAAACCAUUCUCGAUCUUGCGGCGAGGAAACCUCAUUUAAUCUUCGGAGAAAAUGCGAAUCCGUACAGAGUGGCUGAUAUCGAACUUUGA